GUGUGCUGUUGCUUUAAAGGUAUCCAACAGUUCGUCUAUACGACUCCACCAUGUCUUUCACACGACUAUUCACUCGUCGAAUUGCAACUGCGGCUCCCAAAUUUGCCAUCGCAAAGCCUGCAGCAGCUGCACUUCGCUCCAACUUCCAAUGGCAAGGUGUUCGCGGCAUGGCUGCCGCCGCUGAGCGUGCCGCCGAUACCACUCCCAUCACAACCAUCACUGAGGAUUCUCACACAGCAUUCGGUGAUGUCCAAGACGAAGACGAGUCCAAGUUGAGAAACUUCACAAUUAACUUCGGACCCCAGCAUCCAGCCGCUCACGGUGUGUUGCGAUUGAUUUUGGAAUUGCAUGGUGAAGAAAUUGUUCGAUCUGAUCCUCACAUUGGUCUGCUUCAUCGUGGAACUGAAAAGUUGAUUGAGUACAAGAACUACCUUCAGGCCCUUCCCUACUUCGACCGUCUCGACUACGUUUCUAUGAUGACCAACGAGCAAGCUUACUCUCUUGCUGUUGAGAAGCUUUUGAACAUUGAAAUCCCCGAGCGCGCCAAGUAUAUUCGUACCAUGUUCGGUGAAAUCACUCGAAUUCUUAACCACAUUAUGGCUGUCAUGACUCACGCUAUGGACGUUGGUGCAUUGACUCCUUUCCUUUGGAUGUUCGAGGAGCGUGAAAAGCUCAUGGAAUUUUACGAACGUGUCUCUGGUGCUCGUCUCCACGCCGCAUAUGUCAGACCUGGAGGUGUCGCCCUCGAUCUUCCCAUGGGUCUUUUGAACGAUAUCCACCUGUGGGCCGAACAAUUUGCUGAUCGUGUUGACGAAGUUGAAGAAGUCUUGAGUGGAAACAGAAUUUGGAAGACCAGAACUAUUGGUGUUGGUCUUGUCACAGCUCAGCAAGCGUUGGACUGGGGUUUCUCCGGUGUCAUGUUGAGAGGUUCAGGAUUCAAGUGGGAUUUACGAAAGGUCCAACCUUAUGAUGCUUAUGACAAGGUUGAAUUCGAUGUUCCUGUCGGACAAGCUGGUGAUUGUUACGAUCGUUACUUGUGCAGAGUUGAAGAGAUGCGUCAGUCUCUUCGCAUUAUUGGACAAUGCAUCAACGACAUACCUGCUGGUCCCGUCAAGGUUGAUGACUGGAAGAUUGCCCCUCCCCCUCGUGCCAACAUGAAGGAGAGCAUGGAAGCUCUUAUUCAUCAUUUCAAAUUGUACAGUGAAGGUUACUCUGUGCCUGCUGGUGAAACCUACACUGUCAUCGAAGCUCCUAAGGGAGAAUUCGGUGUCUACCUUGUUUCCGAUGGAUCCAACCGACCUUAUAGAUGCAAGAUCAAGGCUCCUGGUUUUGCUCACUUGCAAGGAUCCGAUUUCAUGGCUCGCGGGCACAUGUUACCAGAUAUGGUCACCAUCAUCGGUACCAUGGAUAUUGUGUUCGGUGAAGUUGAUCGAUAAAUACGACGUGAAGGAUUGUAUUGAUUUGAACCAUCAAUAUAUUUACAUAGCCACUUGCCACUUAAAAAGUUGUAUGUGAACGAGAUAACACAUUUUUUUCAAGCUGAAGCAGACAUGCCAUAGCCAUACAGAAGAAAUGCUAAGAAAAACAUAAAAAACCGAAAGAAAACUUACAAUAAAGAAUACAUUCUGUGCCUUAGUACUUUGUGCAAGACGG